CCUCCUCAUGCCGAACAAAAGUCUGCCUUGUUUCUUCUUCCUGUCAUUGUUUUGGUUAUUUCACGUCAAGCUUCGCCAUGAGCGCUAAGACCAGCAACGAGGAACCUUUGACAAGCCCUUUGUGGCAUCGUGCACUGCAGCGAUACCGAAAAGAGCUUGACCAAAAUGAUGAUUACCAGUCUGUCACGGAAAUCGCGUCGCUCACUGAUCUCCUGAAUCACACCAAGACGAUUGAAAAUAGGCUUCCCCGAGAUCGAGUUGCCAUUGGCUCAUUACAGCGACUUGGGCCGACGCUAAAAUUUGUGGAUGACUUUUCGGCUGUAAUUGCAGUUUGUUUUGGGGCUGAUGCCAAACUCACAGCCUUUGUAUGGGGCAGUAUACGCUUGAUGUUGACUUUGGCGUCUGCUGCAGGUGACACUCUCAAGGAUGUCAUCGAUAUGCUCGAAGAGCUAAGCCUUACGUUGCCAAGACUAAGAACUUACGAAACCAGUUUCGAAAUGGAACGAGGGCUUGAAGCUGCUUUAGUCGACGUUUAUACCGAAGUCAUAUGCUUCUACGCACGUUGUAUUCACUUUUUCCGAUCACACCCAUCCGUGCUACUACGACGUGGCGCUUGGGAAGACUUUCGUGACGACUUCGCUCGCACGCUUCGACGCGUCCGACGGCUCUCUGCGACGGUGGAGAGCGAAGCGGACUUUGCUCGCAUGGAGCGUGACCGGGGAAAGUACGACGAGGUUCUAGGACUAAUGGAAAAACUCAAGGAGACAAAACUUCAGGAGCAUGAGCAAAAGCGAUAUCACUAUAUCCCUUCUACGCUCAGUCCUAGGUUCUGGGGUCGGGAAGACGCUCUGGACGCUGUUGAAGAGUCGCUAUCGCCCAAGCAGAAGUCUCAUCAGCUCAAAACAUUCGCACUCUACGGCAUGGGAGGCGUUGGAAAAACUCAGAUCGCUUUGCAGUAUGCCAAACGUCAUCGGGAAUCAUUCAGUAUCAUCCUUUGGGUCGCAGCUGAUAAUGUCAUUAACAUGGGACAAAGCUUCCGCGAGAUUGCGAAGUUGCUCGGUUUGUCCCACACUGAGCAGGAGUUGCAGGACACGCAAGGUUGCAUGCUGAAAGUGAAGAGCUGGCUCACUGAAGCCUCUGAUCCCUGGAUACUCAUCUUCAACAACGCGGAUAAUCUUGAAGUACUACGACACGCUUGGCCCACCAAUGGGGAAGGAUCGGUACUCAUAACCACACGAGAUGCGAACGCUGUUCACAGUCCGGCUACGAAGGGUUUCCAUGUACAACCUUUCGAUGCUACUGAUGGAUCCGAUCUGUUGCUCAACCUCCUGGGCCUUGAUCAUACCUCGCUGUUGAACCGCGAGAAAUCAGUCGAGAUCACCAAAGCCCUCGGAGGCCUGCCUUUGGCUCUGACUCAGAUCGGGGGCUUCAUAGUGCAGCGCAAGCUGGCUCUUCGUGACUUCCUGCCGUUAUACGAGCGCAACGCUUCCAAAAUCGACGCUCGUCAGACUAGCAUAACUGGUUACGAGCAUACAUUGAGCACGGUAUGGGAGAUGUCUAUGAGCAGGCUCGAGGGAGAUACUCAAACACUGUUCAACAUGCUACCGUAUUUUCAACCGGAUGGCGUUGAUGAAACGAUCCUAUCCCAGGGCUCGGUAUCUCUUGAUGAUCCUGCAUAUGGAUUUCUUCACGAUGAAAUGGAUUUGGGAGAUGCGGAAGAGGUCCUUUUACGGACCGGUCUCGUGGACAAGAAUGCGGAAGACGCAGUUUUGUCGAUUCAUCGUCUCAUACAAGCUGCCAUUCUUCGUAAUCAGUCUCCAGAGAUUCGUAAGAACAUAUUUCACAUUGUUGUUUGCAUCUUGAGUUGGGCAUUUCCCGAUACGUGGAGCGAGGACGUCGGUCAUCAGUUUCAAUCGUGGGCAAAUUGCGAAAAGUGUCUUCCACAUGUCAACCAUUUGGUCGCCCAACGAGAGAAACACAAAAUAGGCCUUACCUCUCCUCAGAGUUACGGCGAAUUGCUCCUGCGGUGCAGUUGGUACCUCUACGAACGGGAAUGUUAUGAUAUCGCUAAGACCCUGAUUAUCGCAGCCCUGGAGACCUUCGAAGAGAAAAGCACUCUAUCUUAUGCCAGUGCUAUUGACCUUUCUGGGCUCUUGGACCUGGACAUGAACAACGCAAAAGGAGCCCUGCGGCCGUUUGAGGAGGCGUUUGCAAUCCGUAAGCAACUACUAGGACCAACAGACGGCAUGAUUGCGUCAAGUCUCAACAACAUAGCUCUCGCGUAUACCGAGAUGGACGAACUUGACAAAGCUUAUUCCGCACACAAGGAGGCCAUUGGUAUUCGACUUAGCACGAACAGUGAUAGGAUCGGAAACUCUUACAGCAAUAUGUCGAGUCUGCUUUUGAAGAUGAAGAGGCCUGAGGAAGCAGAGGAAAUGCUCAAGCGAUGCCCAUCGCUCAAAGACUUCACAGACGAAACAUUCAUCAAGACUGGCAAUCCGCGAUUCUCAGGGGAUAUGGUCCUCCUCUCACGUAUACGAAUCCAGCAAGGUAGACUCGACGAGGCUCUUCGUCUUGCGUCGAAGGCUCUGGUCUUUCGGCAGACGUUGUUGGGAAACCGUUUGAAGACGUGCGAUUCAUUGUACGACGUGGCUUCUCUGUUGCACAUGCAUGGUAACACAGCAUCCGCUAUUGAGCUUCUAGAUCAGUUGACGAAUACUGCUGGCUCCAUACCCGAAGGCAAAGGUCAGCUUGCCCGAGCUUACUUCAAGCUUGCCGUUCUACAAGAAGAAAGGGGAAGACUUGGAGAAAGUCAUACUUAUAAGGAGAUGGCAGAAGGUCUGAGGGCUGAGUUGAACCCAGAAUCUGCAGAGGCACCGUUCAUCGAGGAAGAGUUCAUGAAACUCUGUGUAUGGAUGUUAUGGUAGUACAACCGACAACGAUACUUUGGCCCUCUUAGAACACAGUCGACUGCGGUUCCAUCCUUCUGAAAUAACAAUGGCACUCGAUAUAUGCGACGAGAAGAAGAAAUGCAUGAGGUUUCUAGCUGUAGGUGCAACCUCCUGUGUGAUCAUGUCCCUAGCUAUCUCCACACUUGAAUUCCAUCUGACUCGCCUUUCCUACUUGUUCACACUGACGUACAUACAAUGCCGAGUCCCGGC